AAGAGGCGGAAUUGGAAUGGCUGCACCACCGUUGCCGAGGCGACGCCUUGGUUACUUCCGUUGGUUUCAGUGCUUCCGGGUUGGUGUUGCGGUGGCGUUUCCGACUGUGGGAGCCGCAGCUCCCCAGUCGUCCGCUGAGCCUGAGCAGCACCAGAAAAGUGCCACUGUAAGCCAUGAGAUGUCUAGUCUGAAUUGGAAACCCUUUGUAUAUGGCGGCCUUGCCUCUAUUGUUGCUGAGUUUGGAACUUUCCCUGUGGACCUUACUAAGACACGACUUCAAGUUCAAGGGCAAAGCAUCGAUGUCCGUUUCAAAGAAAUAAAAUAUAGAGGGAUGUUUCAUGCCUUGUUCCGAAUCUAUAAAGAAGAAGGUGUAUUGGCCCUGUAUUCAGGAAUUGCUCCUGCUUUACUAAGACAGGCAUCAUAUGGCACCAUUAAAAUUGGGAUUUACCAAAGCUUGAAGCGAUUAUUUGUAGAACGUUUAGAAGAUGAAACUCUUCUAAUUAAUAUGAUUUGUGGGGUAGUGUCAGGAGUGAUAUCUUCCACUAUAGCCAACCCCACUGAUGUUCUAAAGAUUCGAAUGCAGGCUCAAGGAAACUUGUUCCAAGGGAGCAUGAUUGGCAGCUUCAUCGAUAUAUACCAACAAGAAGGCACCAGGGGUCUAUGGAGGGGUGUGGUUCCAACUGCUCAGCGUGCUGCCAUUGUUGUGGGAGUAGAACUACCAGUCUAUGAUAUUACGAAGAAGCACUUAAUAUUGUCGGGAAUGAUGGGAGACACAAUUUUAACUCAUUUUGUUUCCAGCUUUACGUGUGGCUUGGCUGGGGCUCUGGCGUCCAAUCCAGUUGAUGUGGUGCGAACUCGCAUGAUGAACCAGAGAGCAAUUGUGGGACAUGUGGACCUCUACAAGGGCACUUUGGAUGGUAUUUUAAAGAUGUGGAAACAUGAGGGCUUUUUUGCACUCUAUAAAGGAUUUUGGCCAAACUGGCUUCGACUUGGACCCUGGAACAUCAUUUUUUUUAUAACAUACGAGCAGCUCAAGAGGCUUCAAAUCUAAGGACUGAAUUAUAUGUGAGCCCAGCCCUGCCAGCCUUUCUACUCUAUUCUUUUCCCUUUUUCCAUGUUCUAAUGUAUUUUGACAAAGUUGUAAGUGUUUACCAAACCAUUGGUCUCCCAAGGGCCUCCUGAUGGAAGAACAAUAGGAUGGUUCAGAGUUGUUUAUGUAUUUGUGUUACCAUGUUAACUUUUCCCUGAAAGGAAGUGUUAACAUUGAGACUGGCCCCAGAUUGGUAUCUUCUGUGAAGAUGGAUACUGAUGGGUGACAUUCAAAAUGGCCUUCUUUCCAAACGUGUGUCAAAUGUAGUUGGCUCGUCCCAGAUUUGGGUUAGAACAGAAGGCAUAGGCCAGGGUAGUUACUGCUGUGUAUGUUACAGACCUCAGUUCUCAUUAAAGUAUUUAUUGGCAGUAUCA